CUGGCCUUCCUGCCCCUGCAGGCUGGAAGUGGGGCUAUCUGCAAGCUUUUGAUGAAGUCUUUACGAAAACACAUGUAAACACCUGUGGAGUGAAAUGCCCCCAUCAGAUCAUCUCUGUGGCGGCAGAGUUGCUACAAAUGAGCUCAGGGACGCGUCUCAGCGGGAAGUCUGCUCAGCUUCACAGCUUCCGAAUCACCCUUUUCUCACCUAAUGAGGCCGCUGAUAAGACCGGAGACAAAGGACUCUUUAAUGGAGUGGGGGGUGGCUUGGAAAGAAAAGACUUGCUUGUGUAAAACAAGCUAAACAGAGUCCACCUGGUCAGGCUGCUACUGACCAAAAUUUGGGCUAAAGAGAGACUAGAUUUUACGCACAAGGCUUUUACGCACAGAUCUCCGGCGGGGCGCGGUUGUAAAUUGUGUCUCUUUGUGGUAUUUAUGGUGCGGGGAUGCGGAUCAUUCAUGUCCGUUACCCUGAAGACGCUCAGCCGGUGUGUGUGUGACCUGAGGCCCGGUGUUUUCCUCCACAGACGUUGGAUAGAAAAUGGAGUGUGUGCCUUUAAGGCGCCCGACUGCCUGUCGCUUUGUGCUGCGGAGAGACUGACGCCCUCUGGACACAGUGGACACUUGAGCGGCGGCAGAACACCAUCCUGGAGAAGUUCAAAGAGAAAACAGCCAUAGUCGCCCCUAAAAAGAAAAGUAGUGAACUUGCAAACAGCGUUGUGGUGUUCCCGUGCUGUGCUGGUGAGCCGUCAGGAUGAGGCCCGGUCAGCUGAUCCUCCUCCUCUCCGCAGCUCUCCUCUUCCUCCUGUCAGGACUGUCUCUGACCUCCGGCUGCAACAAAGCUCUCUGCGCGAGCGACGUCAGCAAGUGUCUCAUACAGGAGCUGUGCCAGUGUCGUCCAUCAGAUGGGAACUGUUCCUGCUGUAAAGAGUGCAUGCUGUGUCUGGGGAAUCUUUGGGAAGAGUGCUGCGACUGCGUGGGAAUGUGUAACCCCAAGAACUACAGCGACUCUCCAGCCACGUCGAAGAGCACUGUGGAGGAGCUGCACCGUCCGAUCCCGUCGCUGUUCCGCGCCCUCACGGAAGGCGAUGCGCCCAUCAACAUGAUGGUGGUGUCCUUCCCCGUCGCCGAGGAGCUCUCUCAUCACGAGAACCUGGUGUCCUUCUUAGAGUCACUCGACACACAGCCCCAGAACGUGUCUGUGCCCGGAAACAGCAUCCACGCCAGCUACGACACUCAAGAAAACAUGUGCACAGUGGUCUACUUUGACGACUGCGUGUCUAUUCGUCAGUGUAAACUAUACUGUGAGUCAAUGGGAGGAUCCAAGUACCGCUGGUUUCACAAUGCCUGCUGCCAGUGCAUCGGACCUGAGUGCGUGGACUACGGCAGCAAAGCCGUGAAGUGCAUGAACUGUCUCUUCUGAAGUGCGGGCACAUAUUGGUACCAAAUGUCUGGGCCAUACCAGAGGACUGAGGGCAGAGGAAACUAUGACUGUGAUGUGUUAGCAUUCCUCAGUUACCUUGUAAAAUACCCCCCUCCAACCCCUUCCUACCCUUGCAAAUUGUUUUUAUUCUGCUGUUAUGUUUCACUGUAUAUUUUUAGAUAUGUUUUCAAUAGUGUUUUUUACUAGAGGUGUAUAUGAAUAAUGUAUUUUUACAAUUAUGGUCUGCUAAAUCCCAGUCUCAUGCCAAAUAAACGUUUGGUGACAUGGA